AUGGUAACGCUACGUCAAUGGGAAACCCACCACAACUCGAAAGAGGUGCCGAAGUAUGAAGUCCUUAUAGAGUGCCUCCGUGACCAAUGUGCAGUUUCGCAAUCGAUUGUGCCAGUUAAUCCAAACAUAGACGACCCACGAGGGCCACGCCUGUCUGCUACGCAUGCAGCUGUAGAGAUGGCCAAAAGAACGCUGCCGAUUAGUCCAGUCGAGAUCAACUUAAGCCAUCUGUCUAGCGACCUUGUAGCUGAUCCAUCGUAUGGUAAACCGGGACCGAUUGAUAUGAUAAUUGGUGCUGGAGUAUAUUAUGACUUACUCGAAGCAGGCAAAAAGAGGUUAAGCGAAAGUGGCCCAACAUUGCAAGAAACUGUUUUUGGGUGGGUGAUCUCCGGACGAGUAUCUGAUCAAGCUCCCAGUCCAUGUACGGCUACCUACGUUAGUUCCACUGUGGAUCUCCAAGAGUUAAUCGCUAGGUUUUGGGAGUUAGAGGCCUGCAAGGUAAGCAGCACUCACUCACUUGAAGAGACUGCAUGCGAAGAACUGUUUGAGCGCACAACCAUCCGCGAUGCUGAAGGGAAACUUGUAGUAACACUGCCAAAACGGAAGUUAGAGAUUGUGAAGCUAGGAGAAUCGAAAAGCAUUGCGCAAAAGCGGUUUGCUAGUUUGGAGAGAAAACUCGACGCUAAUCCAGAAUUGAAGGCGAUGUAUGUUGAAUUCAUCCAUGAAUACCUGCUAUUGGGACAUAUGAAAAAAGUGGACGAUGAACUAUGCCAGGGGCCUGUAUACUAUUUGCCCCACCAUGCAGUAAUAAAGCCGGAGAGUACAACGACCAAGCUCCGUGUAGUUUUUGUCGGGGCAGUCGUUCAGGACGACUUGUUCUCGAUUAUUUCCCGUUUCCGCUUCCAUCGCUUCGCUUUCGAGUACGAGUUCAACCGCCAGAUCAACAUCUACAAAGGAUUUUAUGGAAAGAUUCUGCAGAUCAGCCCUUAA